AUGUUUCGUAGUCGCCACCCUAAGUCGAGAAGAAUUCUUGAGCAGGAGAAAAUUAUUGCCCAAACGUUUGUUAAGUUUCUGGAGGACAACAAUCGUAAGGAAGACAUGUUUGUAGACGAAUUGAGGCAGAUAUACCAAGGAGAAUUUCGCCGUUUUUAUAACACGCUGGGUAUGUCAUUCUCCAAAACUUUGAACACGCUCACGUACCAUAUAAAUGCUUGUCAGCAAAUUCAAGAUCGUGUUAUCUUUGGUGGCGGAGAAGCCGCAGCUCUUACACUCCUCACUGAUGAUCCUGAUGAUGAUCUUUGUUACCGCUCGCCCUCGAGCUUGAGCCCUUUCUAUUGUAAUAUAUGUAAAAGAGAUCUUGGAGAUGAUAGAGCUUACAGCAAACACAUUGAAGGGGUGAAACAUCGCCAACAGCAUAUCCUCAUAACGAUUCGAAAAUCACUGGAAAAGUAAGUGUUUUCCUUUGGAAGGUAAUUCAAAGGUAUUAUAUUGUUCUGCUUUUUGCUAAUAUCUAUUUCGUUCCUAAAGAGAGUCAGGAAAAACUAGUUACAAUACUUACAAGAUUACAGAAAUAAUGAUUUAAUUUACUUCAUUGUUUCCAUUUAGCUGCAUGAUUAAAUAAUGGUUGCUUUCUUGGUAAUAUUGAAGUUUCGCUCACAUGUAAAUUAGGGACAAUUUGGACGUGUUCAGAGAUGAUCUUAAAUUUUUCUUCCACAACUGUUCUUAGUACGGGAAGUAAGUUUCCCCCUACUGCUCUCCCGUCAUGACUAACCCCCUUUUCUCUCGUUAGUUAAGUAUUUCUAUAGAUUUAUGUGACAAACAUCAUUAAAAUAAACCAGAUUAAGGAUGAAAUUUGAUGAUAUAUGUUUCUUGUAUGGUUGUCAAAAUAAGGGGUGAUGUUUGUCAAGUAAGGGAAACAGCAGAUCUGAAAAAACUUUGAGAAAAUUCCUCGGUAACAAGUCGUUUUUUUAUGUUUUUGUUUAUCCAGGCCAGAACUUGUCUUUGACAAAAAUGGGAUAAGAGUUACUUCAAAUCCCGCUGGAGAUGAACAUGGUGUGAUUGAAUUGAAAGUGGAGAGUGGAAAAUACGGGCAAAUUGUGUUGAUCAUAGAGAACCUCAGUAAGGAGACCAUCACCCUUGAGGAUAUAACCCUUCUGUGGAGUGUCAACUUUUUCGAUUACUCGGAAAUAUCCAGUAUUGGGUUUUUUGAGGGUCGCCUCCACCCAGGUAAUUUUCGACCUGCUCUCCAGAACACUUACGAAAUUUCCAUUGCUAAGUUUCAUCCAAUUUUCUUUAAUUGUGACAUUGAUAUUAGAGGGGUAGACUUAUGAUAGAGAAGGAAGAUAUAUUUGCAGUAGAAGAGGGAAUUUUUCUCAUGAUUAAUGCAUAUAUUUUCCAGUAAAUCCUAUUUAAUAAGGCAUUCAUAAAAUGGUUGAGAUGAUUUGCUAUGAAGAACAUUUGUCUCCGAUGGUUUAGGACUGUUCUGGAAUCGCUGCCAAAAUGCACAUCAUAGACACCGAUCUCGACGCCUACAGACUAACUGUUCUAUUUCAGUGUGACUCGACGUUUUUAAGAGCGUGAACUUGAUAACAAGGUUCCACGUAAAGCGCUUCUAGUUUCUUUUUUUCAUGUAGGUCUAACUGAUCAUUCGGCGCGAGCAAAAAAUAUUAGAUGUAUUGUGUUUAGAUUGCGCAUAUAGUCAACUGCUUUGGACUCAGUCGAACGAGGGCAGUCCAUCAUCUUGUGAAAACUGCUUUACUACUGAGUUUAAAUUGCUUCGUAAUGGUAUGCAUAUCUCUACAGUGACGUAAGGAAAUGGAUUUUUUAUUUAACAGGUUGUCAGAGGAGGUUCAGGAUUGGCUGCAAACCUUGCCGGGAGUUUGGUUAUUCGUAUGUUCCCGGUGUGCUUACAUUUCAGACCGGAGACGGGGUGGAGUUUCACAUCCUGAGGUUUUUUUCCGUGCGCAUCGUGAGUGACUUGUACGAUGACUUGAAGCAGGCCUCAGAGUAUAAACCUCCUCAACGGGCAACAGAAAUUCCCAGGGAUGUUAAAACAUUUGGAGGGAUACCCCUUCCACGGUACAGAAUGGCAUUUUCUGCGUUGUUGAUUUUUCAAUCAUCGGUUUUUGUGAUUGUUCUUUUUCAUCAUCCGUCUGCGUUGGUCCACGGAAUACCUGAAGAAGUGUCACUGAAAUACUUUAAUUCAUUGAAAACGCUAGUAUGAGUUCGAAAAAAAAAUCUUUUAAGGCAUAAAUACCACUUGCCAUAAACCAACCAACCUGCAAGGCUGAGAGAGAGAGACAUUUGUUAAAUGCAUCUCCAAACAAAAGAGAUUCGGCAACUGGUUAUGCAACUAAUUAUGCUCCAAAAUGUGUGGUUCAUGGCAUUCAAAAUUUCCUCCGAGGAAUUCUUGUAUUAACAAGAGUGACUCUUGUUAAUAGAGUGCUCAUUAUUACCAUUAUUACUAUUUUUCUUUUAUGAAAAAUACGUUCAAAACUUUUCUGAGACUUUCCUCAAAUCUAUAAACGUAACGUACAUGAUAAUUUUUAUUUACUGACUUUCAGGCAGAAAACGAAUUAAAUCAGAGGUAAUAACUCAUGUGCUCAGUUAUGUAAUUCAAAUAUUCAACGUCACCGAUAUUUUUUAUUUUGAUCUUCCUUGCCUUUUAGGUUACAGAGGAAUGGCUUAAUUAUGGAGAAGCUAGACGUUCACGAAAUCCCUUUAACUGUAAAAGCCCAGGUCAUUAAAAGCAAUCAAAUCCGAGAAGGACUUUGGUAAGGAAACUUUGUGCUUUAAAAUGAGGUGUAUAAUCUGCAGCUCACCUGCUUGUCUUGUUUUCAGUGAGCGACUGAAAAAGAAUUUGAGCUUUUACGACUACAAAGAGAAGUUCUCUCUGCUUCUUCACGUGGAAGAACUACAAAUGCAGAAGGAUAUCAGAAACUAUGAUAUGAAAGGGGUUGUUUUUCAACAGGAAAGAGGAGACAGACAAUUUCUGAUCUUAGAGGUUGGUAGAUGAUCUUGAGCCAAUCAAGAACACAUGUUAUAUUAAAAGCCUCUUUUGUUUCCAGAUAUAACACCGAUGCCGAGAAAAGCAAUUUUUCGUCGUUUAUUUUCCAUUUAUGUCUGAAAGAUUAUUUUCUUUUGGCCACACUGCUUGAUUUCGAAAACCUCCAGGGUCUGGUGUUCAAUUUUCUUCUUGGAUACGGGGAGUUUAGUACUCGUCCUUCUAUAAUACCAUGAUGAAUUUUUUAUAAUUUUUUUAUUGGACCACUGAGGUUUCAUUUUCCUUUAGAGAAAAAGAAACGUGCAUGGAACGCAUAGGAAGAGUUUUAUUGACUAAAAGGAUUUCAGUUUCGUGGUUAAUUUUUUAUUUUGUUUUUAUUUUUAUUUGUUGUUUUUGUGUGUGAAUUUUAGGUACCUGGUCUUGCAGAAAAUCGCCCGUGCGUGUUACGCGGUGACAAGAUCUAUGCCUACGAGCCGGGUGUAUUACAGCGGCGAUACGAAGGAAUCGUGCACAAAGUCCAAAUGCUGGAUGUGAAACUUGGCUUUGACAUGAACGUGUACGUAGUGAAUUGGUCAAAAUAUAUUAUAAGAUGGUGUCGUUGUUCUCAGAGUCUUGCAUGAGUUGCUUUUUCUGGCGUAGAAAGCGAACCAUGAGAAUUGUUACUUCAUGAUAGCCGGUUUAUUCUAUGUAGAACAAUGAGACUCGGUAAACUACAACGACUCACUAAGAAAGGACUGACGACUGAAUGUAGUGCGAAGGUUUCUGUGAAAGCAGAGUGCGUCAUAAGAAAAUUGCUGUUUAUAGGAAGUCGCCUCCAAGGGGUUAGGAGUGUGUUGUGAUCUCGUAUCUCAUAAUUUCCUCCUCAGUAUGCCUUAUGUUAAGAAUAAGAAGUUCGACAUCCAGUUCACUUUCCAUCGACUUGCAGUACAGAUGGAACAUCGCGCGUGUGAGCGGAUUGCAUCUGUGAACAGGCAAGACAUGCGACACGUUCUCUUCCCAUCAAGGGACUGCCUCGAUCAGAAAGGAGAAAUUAAGAAGAAAGUCAGGUAAGUUGUAAAUUAUAGGGAUAUAAUCUUUUAGUGAUAAUUCACGGUAUUGCCAUGUUUUACACUUAAGAGAUGCCUUCCAUGCAUUGCCUGCUCUCAUCUCUCGGAAUGUAUGCGCCCAAGAUGGCUGCAACGUGUUACUUUGUUCUCAUCAUAUUAGGUUUUUUAAUUUGUUUUCCUACUCUCUUUCGAUCAUCAUUUAUCAAUUUUUCGGUUUAUGAGAGUCCUCUUACUUUAUUGCUGAGAUGUCAUGGUCCUCCUCGCGCAGUUAGAUUGGUGGAUGGAAGAAACAAACUUACGCGCUCGAUUUGUACUUGGUGCAAACGUGGUCACUUGACGCUUGGUCUGCCUACAAAAUUUGACCUUACUAUCUUCGUGGACGUUGAAUCUAAUCCUGGUCCAACAUCCCCUCGGAUGGUGGGGAUACAUAAAGAACAAAACGCCUAUCUGGGAUAUAAGUUCUCUGCGUUUUCGACUGCAACGAAAUCGAUGAAUUGGCUUAAUCACAAUUCACAACACACUUCUCCAUUAGUGCCUUUUGUUCGUAGUGCUCAGAGCUUCUGCUACAACUGGAAUCUCCCAUGUAUUUUACUUCCUCUGGGCAAAAAUUGUCAAAGAAAGUUUAGAGGUUGCAGAGCGGGAAAAAUAGUUCAAGAAAAGCGGCGGCGCUUGAAUUAUAUUCGAGCUUUGGUCUCACCCCAAGGCUGUCGAUUAAAUUCCUCACGAUUUACAUGCACGAUGAAGACUCCUGUUGGAUCGAAUCUUAGAAAUUUAAUUGAACUUACUCCUAACCCGAUUAAAAGCUACACACCAAGGGCUCGCUUCGUGAAUUUUUGCUUGCUAAAUGCGCGUUCAAUUAACAACAAGACUACUAUCAUCAAGGACUUUGUCGUCGAAAAUAAUAUUGGUCUUCUUGGCUUGACAGAAACAUGGCUUCAAUCAGAUGCUGACAAUGAAUUAAUUAUUCGUGAUUUAUGUCCUUCAGGUUAUUCAUUUCAUCAUGUUCCUAGACCUGGUUCUACUCGUGGAGGAGGAGUUGGCUUGUUAUUUCGAUCAUCUUUCAACUUAAAGUUGCAGCCGCUCAAGAAGUUUUUGUCCUUUGAAUAUAUGGAUUUGUUAUUGUCAAGUACAGUCGGUUUAAAACUCAGAGUUAUUAUUGUUUAUCGCCCACCUCCCUCGACCUUGAAUGGUUUAACACCCUCAUUGUUCCUUGAUGAGUUUUCUACGUUCCUGGAGCACUAUAUCGCUGAUCCUGAUGGAAUAUUAUUAGUUGGUGAUUUUAAUAUACAUGUUGACACCUGUUCUUCCCAACACUCAACUGAAUUUCUUCAAUUGUUGGAUUCUUUCAAUCUUACUCAACAUACACAUGGCUCAACGCAUAAAGAUCGACACACCUUAGAUCUUGUGAUUACAAGAUCUGAUGAUAGAAUUGUUUCGAAUUUAACAAUUGGUUCUCCUUUUGUCAUCUCUGAUCAUGCUGCUGUUCACUUCCAGCUCUCGCUUAAUAAGCCGCCGCUCGACAAGAAGAUUAUUUCAUUCAGAAAGCUUCGAUCUAUUGAUUUUGAUAAUUUCUGUGCUGAUGUUAUGAAUUCGAGCCUUCCUGAUCUUUUUGCCUCGUCAUCGUCAUCCUUGGAUUAUUUGAUUGAUCAAUAUAACAGAGUCCUUACUACCAUACUUGAGACUCAUGCUCCACUGCAAAAAAAGUUAGUUACUUUGCGUCCCGCUGCACCUUGGUAUUCUGAGGAGAUAAAUAAUUUAAAGAGAUCCGUAGAAAACUUGAACGACGCUGGCGAAUGACCAAACUUCCUUCUGAUCGUAAGUUGUUUAUUGAGGGAUGUGAUGCUGUCAACAACUUAAUUCGUGAUUCCAAGAAGAAUUAUUUCGCAUCAUUAAUCAAUGAGAAUCAGUCAAAUUAUAAACAGCUUUUUAAGAUAAUUGAUAAACUACUACAAAGGAAAACAGAUAUUCAAUAUCCCCCUGCAAAUCGCCCACUGAUCUUGCUAACAAGUUUAUUAAGUACUUCACUACAAAGAUAGAUAGAAUACGGGGUAAUAUAACGUCUGCUGCUUUCUCUCAUCGAGAUACAGUUGCUGUUGUUGACAACGCCUGUCCAUAUUCUUUUGAUACUUUCAAAAUGGUAACAGCGGAUGAAGUUCAUACAUGUAUCAUGAAUCUGGCUGCUAAGUCAUGUGCUCUUGAUCCUCUUCCUGGUUAUGUUACAAGAAAUGCACUUAGUGUUCUGUUGCAUUUCAUUUCCAAAAUCAUAAAUAUCUCAUUGGAAUCUGGUCAGAUGCCUUCGCAACUCAAGGUUGCAAUGUUACGCCCGCUCCUUAAGAAAUCUUCUUUGGAUCAUACUCAAUUCUGCAAUUAUCGUCCUGUAUCGAAUCUUUCAUUUAUUAGCAAAGCAAUUGAAAAAUUGGUAGCUAAUCAACUUAUCUCCUACAUUAACGAAUAUGAGUUAAAUGAGACAUUCCAGUUGGCGUACAAGAAAUAUCACAGUGCUGAAACUGCACUUAUUCGUGUUCACAAUGAUAUUCUUUCUGCCAUUGAUAAUCGUCGAAUCGUAAUCUUACUGUUAUUAGACCUUUCCGCUGCCUUCGAUACAGUCGAUCAUACCAUCCUCCUCUCUCGUUUACGUGUACGGUUUGGGAUAGCUGGGAAGCCUCUAUUAUGGUUGCAAUCUUAUUUAUCGAAUCGCACGCAAUAUGUCUCCGUUGAUGGUGGUACUUCGACGAAACAUGACCUUAAAUGUGGAGUGCCACAAGGAUCUGUCUUGGGACCCAUUUUGUAUUUGCUUUAUACUUCACCGCUUUCAGAUAUCGUAAAGAAAUUUAACCUGAGCUAUCAUUUUUAUGCUGACGACUCACAGCUUUACUUGUCUUUCCAACCAACCGUACUGGGUGAUAGGGAUCAAGCGGUUUCUAGCAUCGAGAGCUGUGUGGAUGAAAUCAGUCAUUGGAUGAUGGUUAAUCGUCUUAAAUUAAAUAAAGACAAAACUGAAUUAUUGGUAAUUUCCGCUAAACAUCUUCCAAGACCACUCCUUCACGAAAUUUCAGUUGCUGGUGAGACUAUCCCUUCCGUGCAAAAGGCGAGGAAUAUCGGCACUAUGUUCGACAGCCAUUUUUGCUUUAAGGAUCAUAUUACUGACAUUUGUAAAUCUUCAUUUUAUCAUUUGCGAAAUAUUAGCUAUAUCAGGAAAUAUCUUUCAGCGACCACUACUGAAUUGCUGGUUCAUAUGUUUGUAUCUUCGAAGCUGGAUUUCUGCAAUUCCCUUUUGUAUGGCCUACCAGCCUACGCUAUAAAAAAAGGCUACAACACGUCCAGAAUGCCGCGGCGCGCCUCGUCACACUUACAAAAAAUCAUGAUCACAUUACGCCUGUUCUUUUCAAUCUUCAUUGGCUUCCUGUUAACCAACGUAUUAUUUUUAAGAUUUUACUAAUAACCUACAAGGCACUUAACAACUUGGCACCGUCGUACAUUUGUGAUCUGCUAACAUCUUACACCCCAUCGCGUCAACUACGCUCAUCAUUCAAGCACCUUCUGGUUUCUCCAUCCUAUAACUUGAAAACAUAUGGCGCAAGAUCCUUCUCUGUAGCAGCACCAUCAUUAUGGAAUGCUUUGCCAAGUGAAAUUAGAAAUGCUCAGUCUGUUUCUGUUUUUAAACGUAGAUUAAAAACUUUACUCUUUAGAAAAGCCUUUUAUAAUUAAUAUUAGCUGUCUUAAGUGUUAAUGUUUAAGCUUUUUUGUUGGCGCCGUUGAACAGUAGGAUACUGGCGUGGUAUAAAUCUUUUAUUAUUAUUAUUAUUAUUAUUAUUUAUAAUUAAUAUUAGCUGUCUUAAGUGUUCAAGUUUUUUUUUUGGCGCCUUUGAACAGUAGGAUACUGGCGCGGUAUAAAUCUUUUAUUAUUAUUAUUAUUAUUAUCCGUCUGUGCGAUUACAAAAUCAGAAUUACUGCGAUGAUGUAAGGUAUUGAAACGACUAAUGUACGAGUCAUAAUAUUUUGGCUUGUGGAUGAUUAGUGAUAUAGACUGAUCGUCACAAAUAAACUGCAAAUAUAGAAACUGCAGAAAAUCAAAGUCUGGAAGAAAUUAUAGGGAUUUGACAACGCUUCAGACUCAUUCCAGUUCUAGAUACCGACUGGGAAAAAUACUACCAUUAGAGUUUUAAAGCUAGGACUUGGCAGAUCUUAUAGUAAUUUAGCUCUCUAGGUAAUGAAUACAACCAAGAGAGCAUCUUUUUCUUUCAGCGCGGUCUUACUAACUGUCGGCGUAGAGAUGCAAAGCUUCUUAUUGUCCGCAUAACUACUUAUAAUAUAUAGAUUUAGGCAAGCCUGAAAGCGGAGCUCGCAUUUUUUUUUCCCCGCACGUCUCUUCAACAAAGCUAAAGCCCCUACUAUGGAUAAAAUGCGUGGUAAUAUUAAUGGAUUUUCAUUCGCAACUUCUCCGUGUCCGUGUAGAGGACUGAUUAUAAGAUAGUGCCCGUGGUACAGUUGGCCGCGCAUGCUAAAAGUAGCACCUUGUACGGUCGGUCGUACGGUCGUACAUUCAAAUUUUUUCGGCUUGAUGAGUUACUACUAUUUUGUAUAAUCAUGGGGCUACGCUCUGCGAGCUCCGCUAUAAAGCUUGAUCGUUAACAUUUACCGCAUUGGUGUUAUUCUUUUUUAGUACAACCACAUGCAAAGUAGAUUUUCAGAAUUUAAGAUCACUUUUAAUCGGCUCAUACACAAAAUAUUGUAAUUUAUUUCUUGUUUUCAGUUUCUUUUACGAUCGUAAUCUGAACAGCAAACAGGAGCAGGCGGUCCAGAAGAUUGUGUCUGGAUCUUCACGCCCUGCUCCAUAUCUCGUGUUUGGACCCCCCGGAACUGGAAAGACGGUUACUUUGGUCGAGGCGAUUAAACAGGUGAGGAGGAUUUAAUGGGGAGCUUUCCCAUUUCUAGCCUAUUUGAUAAAAAUGGCUCUGGUUCUGGAUGGAAAGAUUAAGUCUAUUCCUAGCGUACGAGUUGCGCGUUGUCGCCUGUAACCAAUGUAAAGUGUCACCGGAAAUUUUCAGCAAAAACGCUUGCGAAUUUUGCAAGUAGAUCUCACAGGAGCAUUGUGCUUGUAGGUAAACGCUGGUUCGGCUGGUUGGUUUUCAACGCUGAAUCGUUCAAUUUAGGGUCUGCUGGGUUGUCCCAACAAAUGGAAAGCGGCCAAGGUUAUUUUUUUUUUUUACCAUUUUGGCAGUUUCAUUGAUGGACUGAAAAAUGCAACCUGUAAUUCGCUGUCUAUCUUCUUUUCGUUACCUAAAGGUGCACGCUUUGAUUGACUCAAGCUACAUUCUGGCGUGUUCGCCAGAAAACAGCGCUGCUGACUUAUUAGCUGAGCGCCUGUUGCCUCAUGUAGAUAAAGGCAAAUUGUUCCGGAUUUAUGCUGCGUCAAGGCCGUGGGACUUUGUGCCUCAAAAGCUCAAGGUGAACAGUCUAAUUCUUUCCAUUCAUUUUUAUACAAUAGUAUUAUUUGGACAGAUAGUUCCAGCAUUCAACUGCCUAAAAUAUUUAGACCCUAGAUUUUCCAAAAAAUGUUACGCAAAGUCUACAUCUGAACUAAUCAUAGUCGGAGCGAUAUAUCUAGCUUCUUAACCUGGUGUUCACUUUUCAGGACGCACGAGUGGUAAAUUUUGACCCUGUGUUACGUGAAGUGUAUUUCCCUUCUAAAGAAGAGUUGAUGAGCGACUAUCGCAUAAUUGUCACAACUCUGGUCACGGCAGGAAGGUAGGUGGUAACACCGUGUCUGUAAUUGAAAAUAACCUGCCAUCAUCAAAACUGGUGAUGGCGCUAUGUAAGCAUCUGAGUAUAUUUUCUCCCUUGCAAACAAGAACGUCAAGGAAUGAAGAAAUACAAACUCGUGUUAUCGUUCUACAAGCCGUUUGACUGCCAAAACUUUUUUUUUUUGCAUCAUUUUCUCAGGUUGGUGUCAGCAUUGUUCCCAAGAGAUCACUUCACGCACAUUUUCAUAGACGAGGCGGGUCAUGCAACAGAACCUGAGUGUAUCAUCCCUGUGACGGACCUCCUGGACCCCAAUAAUCCCAGGGGCGGUCAGCUGGUGCUUGCGGGAGACCCUAAGCAGUUGGGCCCGAUCCUCAGAUCUCCAAUUUCACAGAAAUAUGGACUGGGUGAGUAUAUCACAGAUAACAUCUGCAACAGCACAUACUGUAAACAUAUUUCCCUGUUUCUCUGUUCCCUUCUAGCCCUUUAUGAUCAUCAGUUCCAGUACGUUUAUCAGUAGACAACAGGAACAUUUAAAAUUCAGACUAAAGUUGACAUUUCAGACAAAAGCCGAAUGUCAGACUUUCUGCUCUUUGAAAUUCGUGAUUUAUUUAAAAUUUAUUUCCAAAGAGAUAAUCAAAGAGUUUUGCUACUUACCCGCUUACAAGGUGGGAAAACGUCCUUCUAAAUGAGCCGCCGUUGUCUCCUAUUCACAGAAACUUCUCUUUUGGAACGGCUGAUGACGUCAUGCCCUGUCUACGAUCGUGGACCCAGAGGGAGUUAUAAUCCAAAUCUGUUGACAAAACUUGUGAACAAUUACCGUUCACACAGAGCCAUUAUCGAGAUUCCCAAGCAGCUGUUUUAUGAUAACGAGCUGAAUGAAUGCGCUGGAGAUUUCAGGUAAAAAAAAAAUCGCAUAUUUUCUUCAAAGCUACAGCAAAUGAGAAAACAGCUACACUUUAAGACACUAGCUUCAUGAAAAUGUAAUAUAGGCAAUACCUUAUUGGCCAGCUGCCCGUAACACCGGCGGUGAUACCCGUUGGAGAGUUAUCUUAAGGCCCAAAAGCAUGCUAAUCUACGCAUGACUCGCGCUUUGUUUCACACCUCUUUCCUACGUCAACCAAACCGGAAUGUAAAACAUUGCACUGCUAAUAUUCACUUGUUUUUUCCAAGAAAUGUGAUGAUAGGCUGGGAAGAGCUUCCCAAUAAGAACUUUCCGAUUAUUUUCCAUCCGGUGUUUGGUAAGGACGAGAGAGAAGGCAGCAGCCCUUCUUUCUUUAAUGUGGCUGAGGUGGAAACUAUUGAGCGAUACCUGAGGAAACUGUUAGACGACAAUGUGAGGAGCAGAGGACUAAAGCACUUGAGACCUGAGAUGAUUGGGGUGAUAUCUCCUUAUAGAAGACAAGUAAGUACAAGAAUGGAACUUAUCUUGCAUUGUUCCUGGUGUUAGACGAUUCGAUAGCGUACAUUCUUUGAUGUUUUUUUGCUUUUUUUGUUUGUUUGUUUUUUUUUUACAAUUAAAUUAUGUCAAACAGCUUUCCAAUUCAUUUAAUUCCCCAUAAGAAUUAAAUGUCUCCUCAUUCUUCCAUGUACAUUGUAAGGUAAACGCCUUGGCACGCAUCAUGCUCAAUAUUUUAGCGAUCAGAGUUGAUCUGUUGAAUUGACGGCUCCCCCACCCUGGUCUGUCCAACAUCCCAGAAGAUCUCAUCAUUAACUGUUUACCUUUCAGUCCUUAUCGCUUAUCAGAAUUCUCUUUUCAUGGCAAGGUGCAAAAGAUCCAGAAAAUGAUUGAAAGAAGACGCUUUGAUGGCGAAAUCAAAGUUGGCAGCGUGGAAGAGUUUCAGGGGCAAGAAAGAAGAGUAAUCAUCUUGUCAACAGUUAGGAGCACCGAGAAAGAAUAUCUGGAGAUGGACAAGGACUUCCGCCUCGGAUUCCUCAACAAUCCCAAGGUAUGGUCUCCAGUUAAUCUUUGUGUUUGACUAAACCCGUCAUAUGCAGGGGCAGGUUUUUUUUUGUGUGUUUUUUUUAUCGUAAUUCCUACUAUUGUUAUUUUUAUUAUUAUCAUUGGUUAAUUCAAGGAAUAAAGAUUCAAUUGUGGUUGGGGGAAAGUUGGUAAAUUGAAAAUGGUAGAUAUUAUGACUGGCUACAUUUUUAAAAAGGUUCAAAACUCCUUUGAAGGGUAAGAAAUGACUUGUUUAUCACAUUUACGUUUAUCAUACCUCUCCUUUAGCCAUUGAAUCCCGAGAUUUAUAAUUUUGGUAUUUUCCCUAACUAAGGGCAAAACAUUUAUGUCAUGCCCAAAGAAGCUCCCGUAUGGAUGAAAAAGUAGUUCGUUAAUUUUUAGGGAGACCCCGGUAUUCCACAUCCCUUUGGAUUAUCUAAUGCACUUUUAUCGAGUAACAUUUUACUCGUUUCCUCCAGAGAUUCAACGUGGCCAUAACUCGUGCCCAGGCUCUCUUGAUUCUCAUAGGGAAUCCAGACAUGCUCUGCGUGGACGAGAACUGGAAAACGUGAGUGGAACAGAUUACAUUCAUAACAACUGUUAGAAAAUAAAGAAUGUGCUAGAUACAACUUGGGUAACUCAUAACUUUUUCUAUUUUAAACUCUAUAGGUUCUGUGCUCUCUACUGAUGUAGCAAAAUCUUAUUUCAACUCUUUUUUUUCUAGUUUUGUAGAUUUUUGUCGAGAAAUCAAAGCUACUGUUGACGUGGAAAGGAAAGAAAAGAUGGAAGACAUAGCAGACACUCUAAAAAGAUUCAAAAUCUUCCCCGCAGCCGCUUCAGGUAAACAGCAGAACUGAUUUAAUCUCGCUGUAAAAAAUAAUCAGAAUAACUGAUAUGCCAAUUAUCGUGUUUUCAUUGGUUAUUUCUUUUUAACUGGUUAAACUUUAUUUUGAUGGAUAUCUACCACUAGCCAUCUCCACUUCGGUGAACAGUUGUAAAAUACUCGAGUAAAGGUGUCAAUGGUUUUUUUUUUGUCAAGAGAGCGAGAAAAGAGAAAUAGAUGAAAAAUCUGAGUUCUCCAAGAAAAAAAAAUCCAGAACUCGGAAUUGGCAGGCCAACGCUUUACCACUGAGUGACAAAAAACUAACCAAUGAACAAGGCCAUUACUAGGCACAUAAAUUUAACGAGCAUGCACAAUGAUGAGAAGGUGUUGUUAUUUGUUUCACCCAUGUUGUACGUUUGGCUUCUCACACUAAUUACCGUUACACAUAAUUCUUCUUCAGAAUACGACGAAGACUCGGAAAUUAGCCAGCGUCAGCUUCAAGAGCACCCAGAGUGGACUAGGCGCGAGUAAUGUCUCUGUUCUAGUCUACAGCUGCGCUAGAAUCUUAUCAUCCUGUAAUUAUACUUUUUAACAAAGCAUCCCCGAAGACUUUUACUUGUAAUGUCAGUGUUAGACUUUGUAGGUUAGGAUUUGCAAUUGGGACAAAUUGCAUUGUUACACUUUUAAAGUGGACAGGUGCUGUCUUCCUUCGAGGAGUAAGUUAGUUUCAUUUGAAUAAUUAAUUAUUUCUCUGUACUUUAAACUGAGAAAAUUGCAAACUCUAAGCUUUGAAAGCUUUACACUGGCAGUAGAUGGUUAUGUGGUUUAAAGUAGAAAUGUUAUCACUCGGAUUUUAUUAACCCGUUUGCGAAUUUCAUGUGUCCGUCAUAAUCGCUGUUUUAAACAUGUUUUUAUAGUUUUUACUUACUCAAAAGUAAAACUUUUGGCUCGCUAAAAGCGAAAAAUUCAGAGCUGUAGGUGAAUUUCUCAUAAGAAAGCUGCCUCUGAAAAAGAAGUGCUGCCUUUUUUAUUUUUCCUGCAUUUUACUUUGUGUUUAAUCGAGCAGAAACAGUUUUUGCUGAGUUUGACCAGGUGUACUUAGCAGUUGCUCCCAAUGAUGGUCAAACACAUGGGUAUAUAAACACGUAGCUUUUUGGUAAUUUUUAAUUAAAAGGCAAUUGAGAUAGAAGCCAUAAAGGUUAGAAAAGCGAUGCGUGAGAGAUUUUUAUCAUACCUUUUUUUUUUCAUCAACUCUUCCUUUUAUCAACCUUUUUCUCUCUUGCAAGAGCAAGAUUGCUAGAGCCAUUCCCUUCUAACAGUUCAACAGCGCGUACCUAAAAUGUACUAAUCUCAACUUCCUUCUGUCAAGAACUGAGAUCUUAAAGACCCGUCUUGGCAAUAAAGGUUUGCCCUUUCCUUGGCUACUUCAAGCCUUUUAUCCUCAUGACUUGCUAAGAAUUGUUUUGGAACUCGAGCUCUUGUAGACCGUACAACAGUUAAGACAAUAAACUAAUUUACU